GUGCAUGGCGGCCUUGAACUCGAUUCUGUCGGUGGUAGUGUUUCUAGCAUUUCGGAAAAGCAUCGGAUGGGUCUACAGUAACGAAACGGACGUGGUCGAACACAUUGCAAGCUUGCUCAAGGUGGCCUUUCUCAUCGCAGCUUGUGAUCCCAUCCAAUGCGUGCUUGGAGGAGUCGUCAGAGGUUGCGGAUGGCAAGCCGUGGGAGCUUUGGCAAAUCUCACGGCUUUCUACGUUGUUGGCUUGCCGACAGCCGUGGUUCUUGGUUUUGUUUUUAAGUUCUAUGGGAUGGGGUUGUGGAUUGGAAUAGCUUGCGGAAACGCGACUCAGACGAUAAUCCUUUGCUUCCUCACAUUUUUUAUGAACUGGGAAAACCAGGCGAAAAAUGCACACGCUAGGAUUUCCCGGUCGUCGUUGCUGGAGAAGUAGUGAAAAAUCUACCAUUUAUCUGUGUCUGUACGUUUAUUGUUAUGUAUUAAGUAUGUAUGUCAUUAUCGUUGAUCAAGACCCAUGUCCCUCUCAUUUGGUCAAACAAGUUUUGCUAGUAUUGGCAAAGCGUUUGCAUCAGCCACCACUUGACAAGAACAGACGAUCUACUCGAGAGUUACGUCCAGCAUAUUCUCAUGACAAUUAAAAUAUUCUUGGUUUGCUUGUGAGAUUGGAGCCUUAGCUCUUGAAUUAGAGCGCUUUCGGCCAUGGAGCUUGGCUCGGAGGAGUCCCAUUCAUCGACAUUCUGCUUCAAUGGCGAAGAUCACACCUUGGGCAACUCGUUGCGAUUCCUCCUCAACAAAGACCCUAGGGUGGUGUUCUGUGGCUACAGCGUCCCUCACCCGUCCGAGAACAAGGUGAAUGUGAGAGUCCAAACAACAGGUGCGCCAGCCAAGGAGGUUUUCAAGGAUGCGUUGCUGGACAUGGUGGCCAUCUGCGAGCAUGUAAGCACCACCAUGGACUCGGCCGUGGAGCGAUUCAAGGCCAACGAGCAGCGUCCAGAGGUGAGCACGGGAACAGCAACGCACGCCUCCGGCUUGACUCACCGAUCGGGCAAUUGAGUUAAAGUCCUCACGACCAAAGAUGAUAAGUUAGAAUCUCUCAUCAAGGAAAUAAGAUCAUUGGCUUCACAGAUCGAAGGAAAUAAGAUCAUCUAGAAACAUAACUUCGCAGA